AUGACAACAGCUCAAUCGCCCGAUCGCAUACCGAGGCCUGUGGUCGUACGGGAAGAAAUCGUUCCCGGCAGAGGCGUCUGCUACGUCUAUGACGACGGUACAAGACUACAGAAGUCCAGCAAUACCGACGCCGUCAACCCAAAAUGGGGCACAACUAAAGCUGGCAAACCGAGAAAACGCCUUGGGCAAGCCUGCAAUACCUGUCGCGAGAAGAAAAUCAAGUGUGAUCCCAGUACCCCCAAGUGCAUCCAGUGCCAGAAGUUUAGCCGGGAAUGCAAAUUCGACACAGGCCCACGGCCCACACCAAGACCCUCCGACCAACUACCAUCGAUGCCCACAACCUCGCCGUUGAUGGCCAAUGCUUAUAUUCAGAACGAGUCCUCCUCUCGUCGAGGUUCGACAGCUUCCGCAGACCCAUUACUUCAGGACCAUCCUUCCUGUCGAGCAGCACCGAGAUCCUCAAUACAGAUCGAAAGCCUGCUGUCUCCGGCUUCGCGCGACGACGAUAGUCGUGACGAAAGCCCCGACAAUCGACCACCAGCGAAGAAGCUUCGGAUGUCAUUGUCCCCUCACCCUGCGUCCGAUGGUUGGCCGGCGGAGAGUGUAGGGUCCGAGUCUUGGAGUGGCUCUGUCGAAUCGCCGUCAACCAUCCCUAAGUUCAGUUGGGCAGCUGAUCCUUACGAGGUUGACCGCGAGAUGACUCUUUACUACGCGAACAAGUACUUCAAUCACGUCGAUGGUGCGACAACGUGCAUCCUGCCAAGGAAAGGGUUCUUGCGAUGGGUCAAAGAGUGCACAACGAAGACAUCGAUGGAAAAGAUGCUGCUCUACGCGGUGCUGGCCAUGGGAACCGUCUUCUCACACCAUGCUGGGACCACACACCACCAGGAUCUAUUCAUCGACAUUGUGAACAAUGCCGUCCUGGAGACUGGAAAUACCUUCACCCUGCAACUGGUGCAAACAAAGCUGAUAUUGGGUCUCUUCGCCUUCUCCCAAGGCCAGAAUAACCGUGCAUGGGACUUCUGCGGCUCGGCGCUGCGAAUUGCUUUGGGCCUUCAGUAUCACACCGAAGAAGGUGUGGCUUCCGUCGACGCGAAGACGGGUUUGGAAUUUGGCUUGAAUUAUGCCACGCUGAUGGAGUGUAGGCGCAGAGCAUUCUGGGCAGCAUACAUCAUGGACUGUUUCAACGCUUGCUGCUCCAUGCCUAUCACGUCGGUCAGUCGGGCUGAAUGUCAUCUACGCCUGCCAUGCUCACAACCAGCCUAUCAAAGGGGUGAGAUCCCAACGACGCCUUUCAGUCUUUCCACCGAGCCAGAUGAGCAUUCGGCGAGCGGCGACAACAUCGCCCAAGUCGGGGUGCUUGGGUAUCUCGUAGAGGUUGCCACCAUCUUCAAAGAGGUAAUGCGUAGGAUCUCCAAGAACAAACCAGAGGCGUCCGAGGGAGAUCGGCUGUCCAUGGAAGCAUUUCAGAAGGACGCAUUGCGGCGACUCGAUGCAUGGGAUCCUUGGAUGAGGAAGCACUUGCAUCAGGUCCGAGAUGGUAGAGAGCCCGUCAAUGGCUUACACAUCCUCUAUCACUACACUGCAAUGCUACUGCACCGCCACAUGCGCUACUCGGAAGCCAGCAAAGUACAGAUUGUUGAAAACGUGCGGGGCGCGUUUAAGCAUGCUCGACUGAUGAUGGUAAUGGUGCAGGAGUUGAGCAAUCACGAAGAGAAGGAGACUCCGUCGUUCCGAUUCGCAACGCUGAGUCCUUUUAGCGGCUAUGCCAUUACGGCAGCACUGGACGUCAUCACUGCGGCCGGCACCAUGGCGGACCUGAUGGAUCAGAAGAGCCGAAUCAUGUCCUUGCUAUCAAGUGGAAUCGAGGCUCUGGAGGGCUUGGCGGACUUUUGGGAGAGCGCUCGUCGACAGCGGGAAAUGAUCAAGAAGAGAUUCGGGGUUCUCUUGGUCGCAACGAAUAAGGCUUGCGACUUCAAUGGAGCAUUCUACUUCGGGGAGUCAAUGCAAAGUCCAUUCGACCUGGACCAAGACAUUGUCUACGGGCUGCCACGCCCACAAUAUCUUGAGGCAUUGGGAUGGGAUGAUAGGAUUCAUCGCGACGAGGACUUUCACCAGCUUGACAAGCCGGCGGAGACGACGACGAGCAGGUGCUCAUGA